CUGUGUUUGUCUUUCCGCCCGGACUUUUCAAUUGACGGACUGCAUGUUCUUCUCAUGCCCGUCAAAUCAAAUCGUCCUUUAGCUACCUAGUCCAUGGAAGUUAAACAUACACAUUUUACAUUUAUUUAUAUUGCAAAAUGACAUCUAGAGGCACACCGAGUCGCUUCCUACAAAGUGUUCUGCAAAACGGGGUGGGUCGGUAUGUUUGUCAACUGAAGCGCAUUUCCCUCAUCUUCUCCAAGAAUGGACAGAGCUCUCUGGGAGCCAGGGAAUUCAUCGAAGAAGGAGUGGUGGAUUUUGCCCAAAAGAACCCUGGAACCGUUGUCUACGUAUCUCCUCAGUCCUGCAGGAUCCCUAAAAUUGUUGCAGAAUACUUAAACGGCAAUGUGAAGGAGGAAGCCAUCACAAGCAAGACGUCUCAACAGAUCGCAGAGUUAAUAACCAAACUGACCAACCAGUCUGGCCUGGAUAUCAUCCGUAUCCGCAAGCCAAUUCACACAGACAGCCCCAGCAUCCAGGGCCAAUGGCAUCCCUUCACCAACCGACCCCUGUCCAUUGGACCAAUCGGACCCCAGAAACAGCAGGCCAACUAAAGACUGUGAAAUCUCAUAAUACUGGCAAUAUUUUUGUCUGUUAUCGUCACCCUCAUCAGUGGUAGAACGACUACAAGUCAGGUGUCCACUCUCCACGGAACUGUCCAGAGCAACUCCAUGGCAGACAAGCCAUUGUGUUAAUGACACACCUGAAUCACCAGAUAUGUUAUAGCAUAUCUGCCCUUUUCGUUUGAAUGAAUUUUGCACAGUUAUCAGAGGCUUGUCAACUGGUAUCAGUGGCGUGCAUACAGAACAGUUUGUGUGUCCAAACCAGUAUUUCAAACUGCUCACUGCAGCUGUGUUUUCCGAAUAGAAUAAAGUGGUCAAUGUUUUUGACUCAGAA